CUAUCUUUACUUGUUACGACGAAUAAAAAGAAGCAAUGAUAUAAAUAAAAGAAAACGAAGCUUUUGUUAAACAAUGCUACAAUGAUUGGCUUCGCGACACUUCUAACCGUUGCUUACCAAAUCUCAUUGGGUACAUCGUUCAUUGUGCCCCGAAGGGCCUCAGGAUGUGCCAUCAAUCUAUCCAGUCUGGACCCUGAACCCAUCGUUGUCUCAACCAGUAGCUACGAAUUCUUGUAUCCCGAGCUAGAUACAAGCACGAUAGCGAUAGCAGCAGAUGAAACUGUAGUUAUAUCGUGUCCUGGAGGUAAACUAACCUUAGGGUCAACAGAGGCGGGUACCACGAUUACGGCAACUUGUCAAUCCGGUACCACAUUCACAGCGGACGGAGACACUUUUAACUUCAAUCAAAUCACGUGCUCAAGAAACCCAUCCCACACAGCCCGAUACACGGGAAAUUCCUGCGAAGCCGGUGGUCGAGAAAUUGAGAUCGGAUUUAUAUUAACCGACGACAGUUUUGCCCGACAAAUAUUGAUUUGUUUCGACGAGAAAAACCUAAAUCCGCUUUAUUCCACAUACGAUUUGACGAGGUCAAUUGGGGCAAGCGAGAGUGACGUUAGCAGACCUAGUUUCAUUGAAGAUGAUUUCUACAACCUUCCGGAUAAAGUAAACGACUUGUAUGUACGUGGUGGGCAAAAAGAAACCAUUAAUGGUCUUUUGGGUCUUCCUGCCGAUUCGACCAAGUACAUAGAAGACUCUAGCAAUUAUUAUUUUGCACGUGGUCAUCUUACAGCUAAGGCUGACUUUGUUUAUGCUCCUCAACAAACUGCUACUUUCCACUAUGUGAACGCGGCUCCACAAUGGCAAACUUUCAACGGUGUUAACUGGGAAACUGUUGAGGAUGAUGUUAGAGAUUAUGCAGACACUAAUGGAUUAGAUUUGAAGGUGUAUACAGGCACCUAUGGAGUAUCGACUCUACCACAUGAAGAAACGGGUGAAGAUGUGCCUCUAUAUUUGUAUGUAGAUGACGACGGAAACACCGCAUUGCCGGUACCGGAACUCUAUUGGAAAGUUGUGUACAAUCCUGCAAAUGGACAAGGGGUUGCUCUUUUGGGUAUCAACAACCCGUAUCAAGAAGACGUGGACAAGAGUGUUAUCUGCAAAGAUAUUUCUUCGUCUAUUAAGUGGCUAACCUGGAAAGCCUCGGAUCUAGACGCCGGAUAUUCAUAUGCGUGUGCUGUUGAUGACUUCAGAACGAAGGUUUCUUAUCUGCCUGAGUUCAAAGUCACAGGGUUGUUGGUGUGAUUAUCUUAAAUAUUUUGAUUCUAUAACAGAUACAAUUGUAACAAAACAAGAAUUCCCGUACAAAUAAUGAUAACAUUCAACACUAUUGUUUCUGCUAUAUCGAAACUUAUAAAUCUAAUUAAAAUACAAGUAUUUUUUUCAACAUGA